CAACCCACAGGGGAAAGAGGGAAAUAAGAGGUUCAGCAAGAAACAGGAAAACCGCUAUGAGAACACAUUCCGGGCAGAACAGAGCAGUGCGGGACAAUAAAGGGUGGGACAGAGCUGUAUCCUAUUUAGAAAUCUGUAAUCUUGCCUUUAGAUCGGGACUGGAGACAACAACAGAAAACGUUCAUACUUCGGGCUUUGCAGAGAGCCUUCAAUUGUGAGGUUCUCAACGCGCGGAAGGAGUCCGGUUCCAACCCGACGACGAGGUUGUGGUUUUAUCAGCGCAGAUUUGGACUGAGAUGAGAUGAGAUAGCUGCUGCCUUCAGCACGCUGGUUGUCGUCCUGCCAGCAAACAGCUGGUUCUUUUCACUUUGCACUUCUUCCAAGAGCGGGGGUGUCACGUUUUGCGAAGGCAAGUGGGCUGUUUUAAUAAUUGAAGCAAUAAGGGGAAACAAACUGCGGACGAAGUGUUCCCAGAGACGGCGGGUGGACGUCAGCGAAGCAGGAAAGGAUGUGAACAUCUGCACUUGGGCUGCUGAGACGAAAAGUACAACGGCUCACUCUUGAAAUGGAGCCAGUUGCGUUUUAAACGCACUAUUUUUUUUAUUUGAAACACUUUGGCCGCGGAGGGAGGGCUGCUUCCAGCUCGCCGUGAUAUGGGAGACGUGCGACGUUUGAGUCUGUCGGGUUAAAAGGCGAGUACAAAACAGAGAUGGGAAGCUCUGCUGUGCUCACAGUGGUGCUAGUUGUGGCAUGUCUGUGGGUCUCUGCUAUCCAUGCAGAUUCUGAAGACGAUGGGAAGCUGCUCUGCAGAUGUGAGAAUAAAAAAGGCACAUGCGUAAACGGAACUUGCAGAGGAGACCUCUGCUUCUACACCUGGGUACAAGCAGAUGAGGAGAGGGGCUGUUUCUCCUCAGUUAACUACAGGGAGCAGUGCUACACCUCCUUCGAGCGCUUCUUUGUCCACUGCUGCAGAGAGAAUCUGUGCAACGUCUACACCACACCACCUCCAAACAUAAAUGGAGAGCCGACUACAACGCCCCCAGAGUUCAAUCGUCCAGAGCUGUGGAUCACGUUGUCUUUGCUGCUGUUAAUCAUAACUGCCAGCGUGUGUGGCCUGGUGCUUUUCCUGCGCUUCCGUCAUGCACAUUGCAAACUGACAAACAUCGAAGAGCAUGAUGUCACCAUGCUCAAGGCUCCUAAUGGAGAUGACCCCACCUAUGGCGAUAUCUUUGAUGAGUUUUGCACAUCAGGGAGUGGGACAGGGCUCCCCUAUCUGGUCCAAAGAACUAUGGCCAGACAAAUCUCACUGGUCCAGUGUGUCGGUAAAGGCAGGUAUGGGGAGGUGUGGAGGGGAACUUGGAUGGGGGAGAGUGUGGCUGUCAAGAUAUUUUCCUCAAGAGACGAGCAGUCCUGGUUCAGAGAGACGGAGAUCUACAAUACUGUGCAGCUGCGACACGAUAACAUCCUGGGUUUUAUAGCCUCUGACAUGACGUCCAAGAAUUCCAGCACCCAGCUGUGGCUCGUCACCCACUUUCAUGAGCUGGGUUCCCUCUACGACUUCCUGCAGUACAGCAGCUUGGAGCCUGAGAGCUGCCUGAAGAUGUGCCUGUCUGUGGCCUGUGGCCUGGUCCACCUUCACACUGAGAUUGUCAGCUCCCAGGAAAAACCAGCUAUCGCCCACCGAGAUCUGAAAAGCCGAAACAUCCUGGUAAAGCGGAAUGGACAGUGCUGCAUCGCUGACCUAGGUUUGGCUGUGAUACACUCUCAGUCUCAUGACUACCUGGAUGUGGGCAACAAUCCUCGCGUGGGGACCAAGCGCUACAUGGCUCCUGAAGUGCUGGAUGAGACUAUUCGUAUGGAUGUCUUCGAGUCCUAUAAGCAAACUGACAUCUGGGCCUUGGGCCUUGUCUUCUGGGAAAUUACCCGCAGGACAAUAGUCAAUGGGAUUGUGGAAGAGUACCGGCCUCCCUUCUUUGAUCUGGUGCCCGUAGAUCCCAGCUUUGAGGAGAUGAAGAAGGUUGUGUGUGUGGACCAGCAGAGGCCCAGUCUGCACAACAGGCUCCAUUCCCACCCUAUUCUGUCGGCCAUUGUGAAGAUCAUGAAGGAGUGUUGGUACCAGAGCCCACCAGCCCGCCUCACUGCCCUGCGGGUGAGGAAGACACUCUCCAAACUGGACCAUGACAGUGACUUCAACAUUGAAAAACUCAAGCGGGACAUCUAGACCAGAACACCGGGAUGAAACAGGGAUUAUUA